UGAAUAGGAAUGUUAUUUGGUAUAUUUUUCUUAAAAUAUUAAUUAAUAAUGGGAACAAAUUGUGAAAUUAAAUAAUUAAUAGUAAUUAAUUUGUUACGUAGAAAACGCAAGGAAUGGAUACCGGAACGAAGAAGGAAGUUCCGGCUGAAAAGAGAUCAUUUUCCAAUCUUCCCCCGGAGAUUCUAUCCUCCAUAGCCGAUAGAUUACCGAUGAUUGAGCUUUUAGGUUUCCGUGGAACCUGUAAUGAUUUCCGAUCUGCUUCAUCCACUGCGUCAGCUGCAAUCGAAUCUCUUCGAUCUCCAUGGUUACUGUUCCACAAAACCGACAGUUCAGAAUGUCUCAUCUACAACGACGAAGAAUCAAAAACCUACAAUCGGAACAUUCCAGAUCUCAAAGGCGCAGUCUGUCUUGCAUCAUAUCACGGAUGGCUGCUACUAUAUAAAGACGAAUCGAUUUUCUUCUUUUGCCCCUUUUCACUUGCGAAAAUCGUUCUUCCCGAUUUCCCACACAAGCAAAUCGACGGCCAUGUCGCGGCGUUUUCCGACGUACCUACCUCUGAUCACUGCAUCGUCUCCGUUAUCAACGGUAUCGAUGAAGCGUCUGUUGAAGUAAACGUGAUUUCCAAAGGCCAAACUGCGUGGACUCCACACAUGAUACCGACCCGUAAUAAUUUCAGCUCUUCCAUUAGUGCAGCAACAUUCGAUGAGAAGAGUCGAAAUUUUUACUACAUGGAUGAUGGGAAAACUAUGUUAUCAUUUUCAGUGAAAGAUAAAAAAUGGAAACCCUACACCAUCGUGAAAGGUGCUGAAGUGAACAAGGAUAUGGAAAGUAUGCCUUAUUGUUAUAAGAAGCAUGUCUUUCGUAACAGGAUUGAGGAUACCAGAGACCGAUUUAAUCUUGAAGACGAUGAAUAUGUUGCUGUUUGUGGAUUAUCAUACGAAUCAGCUGAGGAUUGUCAUCGACAUGUGUAUCUAAACGAAGUUGUAGAUGAUUCUCCUUCGAAAAAGCGUGUGCGUAGAGCGGUGUGGAUUCAACCGAGGUUCUUUGAAGCUCAUCCCAACCAGCUGCGAUGCGAUUAUUGUUACUAUUUGCUUUCAGGAUCUUUGGUUUGGUUUAGUAAGUGUGUCAAAACUUGUGAGAAGGAAAGCACGAAGCGGCUGCAAGGUCCAAUGGAUGUCGAUCGAUUCAGGCUAAGGAAGCGUCUCCGGGGUCGACUAGACUGA